AUGAUGUCACUGUUCAUGUGCAUCUCUGGAGGAGACGACUGGUCUGUAAUGGUGACCCCAUUGUACGAAGUGCAUCGUUUCUAUGUAUUUCUGUUCGUCGUGGGUCGGCGGAUUUUCUUCAUGGCGUUCGGUGUCCUGAAUGUAGUAGUGGGGCAUUUCGUCGACAACGCAUCGAGGGCAUCUGAAAAGGACAGGGAUUCAGUGGUGAAGAACGAGCUCAGGCAAGAAAAGGAGUACGCUCUGAAAAUGCAAAGCAUCUUCCGCGAUGCCGACAAAGAUCACGACGGACAGUUGUCCUGGACCGAAUUCGAGGAGUAUUUGAGCAAUGGCACGGCUGCCGCGUACUUUUCCACCGCUGGUUUGGACGCCAACAUUGCGAGAACCCUCUUUCUGCUGCUGGACGUCGACGACACAGAUAAAGUCGGCAUCGAGGAAUUCAUUGGUGGAUGCAUGAGGCUGAAGGGCGCUGCGCGCAGCCUUGACGUGAACAUGCUGUUGUACGAGACAGAAAAAAUGUGUUACAAGCUCACGGAGUUUAUGCAGGAGACGACGGACAGCUUGAACAAGAUGAUGUCGGCGGGCGGGGGGCGGCGCCCGAGCGAGCAGCAAAACGAGGACUUCAACAAUGGGGAUACCUCGCCACUGUUUUCUACUGCCCUGUCGGAGCGUAGCGACAUGAGCCGCAACUCGGCAAUUCGCCUGCAGGAGUUCCGGAAACGGCCUGUGCGCCCGUGUGCCGCGCUCGCAGGAUCAGCGCUGAGGAGGAACAGUGCUGACAGCGGGGCCGUGAAUCUCGAUUUCGGCCCCUGA